AUGUUGACAAUUUGUCAGCAGUUGAAGUACAACCAUCCUGGAGUCUAUGACAGCAACCUCCCCUCUAAGUUGGUUGGCAAGACCCCCAGCAUCAAGCAUUUGGUGAACAACAUCCAUGUAACAUCCCCUCCAUGGAAUCGUCGAUUGAAUCUGCAGUCCAAAAGUGAGCAGAAGUUUGUCAGCUUCAACAAAGCUGGCGAAUGGAAGAAAGAUCUGUAUAAAGAUUGGCUUGCUCCAUAUUUUAAGAGUGGCCUGUACUGUGAGACAUGGCAGAGAGGUCGAGGAAAAAACCUAUCCUCUUCCUGUGUCAAUGGCCUGAAAGUCUACAAUGUCAAAGAAGUAACUCUUAUUGGUAAAUACAAGUUCACGAACACCAAAGAUCAUUCUAAGUGGGCAGUGACCACCAAACAUGAUCUGAAAUGGAUUUGCAUUGGAGACAUCAAUCGUCAGACUACACAAAUGUUUCGUGGUGGUGGCGCGGUCUGUCUUGAGAACAGAGAUGUCCACCAGGCCUUCUUUGAUGCUGUGACUGAUAAACAAAAAUGUAAGAAUGAAAAACCCCCUCGUAUUGAUCUCUAA